UAAAGUUGUUACAAAGUACUUCCGGUUUAAAAUGAACAGCGUGGGGGAAGAAUGUCAGGACUUGAAACACAAGUAUGAUGAAUGUUUUAACAAAUGGUUCUCAGAAAAGUUUUUAAAGGGAUCUAAAGAAGACACGUGUGCACCUCUGUUUAAGGUUUAUCAGAAGUGUGUGAAGAAAGCCAUACAAGAGAAAAAGUUUGAUCUGUAUGAAAUUGAAAAAAAUGUCUUGGGGACGAAUGAGGAGAAAAGCCCGCCAUCAUGACCCUGAUUUGGCACAAUGUGUAACUUAUGGAAAUCACCUGUGUUCGGAACUGGCCAAAUCUGUUUUAUGUGACUUAUAUUAAAGUUUGAGGUGCAAGAAUAUGAAAACAGUAAUUUUGAGGCAAAGUAGAUAGAUUAUAUAUUGCAAUGUUUUGCUAUUUUUAUAUUCAUAAAAGAUUCAAAGCCUUUAGUUGCAAAAUUUAACUGCAGCGGUUUUUGUAGAACUUACAUACAUUUUAUAACUUAUUUUCUGAUGGCAAUAUUGUCGUCUUGUUUAAUAUACCGGUAUCCACAUUGUGCAUUGUGACUAGAGAGGUUUUCUGAAUUGUGCUGCUGUUCCUUGGAAGAUUUCAGUGGUUAUAAAUUGUCAAAAUUG